GUGUAGCAAGUCGUGCAGUAGGUUAGUCUUGUCUUGGGGUUUUAUGUCACUUGGCGAAGGAAUAUGCUAGAUCAUAAAUUCCAUGCUUUUGAGGGAAUUAAUAUUUAGAAUAACUUAUAACAGAUGAUGAGAGAGGGAAUUGCAGUACAAAGAAUGACAGGAUGGCGAAGAAAGUCUUCAUCGUCAUCACCACCACCACUCACUUUCCCCUCCUCUCCUUCAAGCGGGACACAACCAGACAUGACAUUUUUCUUAGUGUUUUCCCCAUGAAAUAUUUCGCUCAUUUUGCCCUCAUUGUCAUUCUUUUCCGCGGCGCUCUGCAAACUCGGCCUUGGAGUGCCGAGUCCCGAUUCUGCCUUUCCCAGCCCAGGCUGACUAACCCCUUGAUUCUGAACCGUAAACUACCCCCCCUUCGGUGUCCCCUCCUUCCAAUCAAACAUCCAUGGGAGGGAGGUUCACCGUCGGGUUGCAUCGCCAGAACAGGUGCUACCUUAAGCCAAAAAGGUCCUAUCUAAACCAUGGUUUGGAUGCGCCAACUCCAGACUGGGUCUCGCAUUACGAGUGGUCGGGAAGUUCAAGCAUCUCCAGCCGAGGAGAUCCAUUUGGGUUGCAAGAGGGAGAACUCUAGGUUCUCUUUUCCCACCACUCACUUACACUUUUCCCCAACAUGUUGCAGGGCUGGCUGGCUAGCCGGCCAGCCGACGGACUGGGCUGGGCUCGUAAAAUUGCAGCAGAAGACAGGUGUAUAUCUCGGUGUACUAUCGCCCAGCCGGCAGAACUUGCAUGAUGGUGUGUGAGUGUGAGUGUGUGUGUGGCAAUGGCAAAUAGAUCAAGCAAGGCGUCGUUUUUUGCUGUCGUGGUCCUGCACCGAACGAUUCCAGAAACACAGCCAAGACGGUCCGAUCUACGUGCCACCACCGACUCGAGUCAAUCUUCUGUGUUUCUUGUCUUCCAUCUUAGCGAUCGGGAUGUAACCCUGCGACCCCCGGCAUCACCCACCAUUCGUCCCCUCGUGAAUGUUUCGUUCUGUUUGCUGUCGGAUGUAGAUAGGCUGGGGCAGAUGACUACCUAGUACUUGGUGGCAUCCCACGUCAGUCGCCGGAACGAGAACGGUGCCACUGGGACAGAGGCUCUCAGACAAGUAACACAGUAGCAAAUGGUUUGA